AUGCAUGAUCGUCAGCAACCAUAUUCAAUCGAAGUGCUCUUCGAAGAUCGUGUAACAUUGAGCGAUGGCCGUUCUAAACCUCAUCUCGUUUUACUUCAAUUAACAUCGGAAACACUUAUCAUUCGUCGUCUUAAAACAGCUCAAGUAUCAUCAAUUAAUAAUCAAGAUACUCAAACAAUUGUUUCACGAAAUGUAACACUUCGAAGACAUCCCAAAACACGUUCGUUCGGUUUUUCUAUCAAAGGUGGUUGUAAUACGGGUUUUCCAGUACUUAUUUCUCGUGUUGUUUACACCAAUGCCCAUCUUUUACAUGUCGGCGAUGCUAUCCUAUCCAUUAAUAAUGAAGACAUAUCAAAUCUAACCCAUGAUGAAGUCAUUGCUAAAUUGCGAACUAUUUCUAACGAUCAAGUUGAUUUAACUGUUAAAUAUAUGACUAAUAUGGCCCCAUAUCUUCAAUCAACACCAUCAACAAUACGAUCAUCAUUAUCCUCAUCAGUAGUUCCAUCCAUACCACCUACGAGCUUUACCCUUCCAACAUCUGCUUCGGUUCGUAUGCGACGACAACAAAAUCGUUUGUCAGCAGAAUAUCCAUGUCGGUAUCAUCGGCCGGGUAAACAACAACAACGUCUGUCAUUAAUGCUGUCUGAUCAAUUACAAGAUACUGAAGAACGUGAACUACUCAGUCGAUUACUAUUAUGUGAAAACGAGAAUGAACGAUGUCGACGGCAAUUAAAUGCUUAUGCCAGAGAACAGAAACAACAACAACAACAACAAGAAGAAGAAGAACAGCAAGCAACCUCAUCAAUUAGUACCUUAAUUGACGAAGACGAUGAAGAUAAUGCAACAGUUGAUUAUGUUCCCGUCCAAGAAUAUUCUCUUCUUUAUGCUUAUGUCACUCAAUAUCUCAGUGGUACCGAUAAAUUACGCACAAACUCUUUUCAAUUACAUACUCUUGACGGCUCACAAUCGGGAAUCAUUAUUGCUGAUACAUCUGUUCAACAACAUAUGUGGAUAUCGCGUAUAAAUAUGGUUAUACAUAAUUUAACCACUCGAACGUUAACAGAAUUGAAUCAAACAUUAUUACCGAGUGAACAAGUUCUAUAUGCAACGUGGGUACAUGAGCGUAUAGCAAAAGUUGAUCAGAAUCGUUUACCAGAAUGGAAGGCGAUGUUUCUCGUCUUCAAAGGUAGUGAUCUUUAUAUUUUUGAUGAAAACAAACCACCACCAUUAUGUGCGUAUGAUUUCAUCUGUUGUUCACGUGUUUAUCCUAUUGUUGAAGUGUUAAUUGAAAUAAUCUCUCCAAAGUAUCGUCUGGACGAUCGACAACAUUGUUUUACAUUAACCUUAUCCACUGACGUUGCUACUCAAAGUCGAUAUUUAAAUUUCGAAACGAAAACUGAACUCGAUGAAUUCAAUUCGAAUUGGCAGCGAUCGCUUUAUAUGGCCGUACAUGCGCUGAAAACUCGAGCAUUCGGUUGUUUUGAAAUGUUAAAUAAUGAAACAAAUUUCACUCUUUGGUCGUAUACAUUCGAUCAACUACAAUCGAGUUCUGAUAAUGGACGCGAUAAGAUUUAUUUUGAGUUCAAACGUGAUUUGGUCUCUUCAGAGAAGAAUGAAGUGCCAGUUCGUAUCGAAGUGCAAUGUCAACAUUUACGUAUUUUGAUUCAUGUGAUUAAUGCUUUCUUAACAGUUAAAUUAAUUGGUAAACGGGAUGAUACCAUUAUUCAAGAGAAUCUUUCCAGUGAUUAG